CCUCAUGCUUCCUACUGAAAGGCAUUAUCCAACAAAGGCUGCGUAUAGGGGAGGGAGCAUUAUGAGUACAAUAAUAACGAAGUUCACGACAUUUGACUUGUUGGAACGAGUGAAACAGUCACCAUUCAAGCAAUUCUUCUUAGCUCCGCCUCUACAAUAUUCUGGAGUUAUUAUUCAUCAGUUACUGCUUAGGAGAGUUGUUGGUAGAGGAAAGAAUGAAUACUGCUUGAAUUUUAAUAUUUGUGGUCAGAAUACAUGGUUUGGAAUUAGUGAAUUUGGUUUGAUCACUGGAUUGAAUUGUGGAAUUUCUCUGGAUCUGGAAAAGUAUAAAGAAAUGACCAAGAGUAAAAGACUUCUCCAGACAUACUUGAACAAUAAAGAAUGUUUGUCUUCUGAAGAGUUGGAAGAUGGAUUCAAAAGGUGCGAUGUGAAAGAAGACGUAUGGAAAUUAGGUCUAUGUUUUUUGGUAGACUCUCUUUUAUUACCUAGUGAACCAAAGAAGAAAUGCUUUAUUGAUGUCCUUUCCAUGGUGGAAAAUGAAGAUGACUUCUUCAACUAUCCUUGGGGGAGAUUAUCGUACGAGAAGACAUUAUUCGGCUUGACAAAAGAUAUGGAAAGGCUAAGGAAUAAAUACUUGAAGAAUGUUGAGCAAAAGAGAAAAAGACCAGCACCUCAGUACACAAUUUAUGGUUAUGCCAUUGCUCUGCAAUAUUGGGCCUAUGAAAUUUUCACAAAGUUCCCUGCAUUUGCUGAUCAACAACCCCUUGCCUUUCCAAGAAUGCUUAGCUGGUCAACGCAUAAAAUGCUGAAAGAGAAAGAUAUUGAAGGUGUAUUUAAGAAAAAAAGUAAUCUUGUGAAGGCCACGCUCAAUCCAAGACCCGAAGAGAAAGAAUUUCAUGACUCUAUUAUUCAAGGACCAGAUGAACUACUCAUGGGACUUGUUAUUAGCUUUGUAGACGAUGAUGUGGAAUUUGAGUUUGAAAGGGAAGAACGUGAGGAAUCUCCCACAAAGCCCGAUGUAGCAGAUGGGCAUUGUCACGAGCAAGACCAGAAAGAGAUACCAAAUCCAAUUAACACCCACCACGAAAAGUUGUUAGCUGAUAUUGACACUUUGAAAAGUAACCAACAAAGAAUGGAGGAGAAGUUGGAUUAUCUAAUUGAAUUAGUGCUCUCGCAACGUAAAGGUAGUGAUUCUGAGGAUUCAUUAUCAUAUGAGCAUCUUGCUUCACCACACCGUACAUUUAUUAUGGAGCACGUUGUUGGAGAAGAUAGCCCUAGCUGUAAGGUGGUAUCUCCUGAAGAUAUGGCUGGGGUGGAAUUCAAGAGAAGGAGGGUUCCAACGAAAAGAAUUUUUGGUUCCGAGUUUACUGAUCCAACUAGGAAGAAAAAGAAAGCAAAGACAAUUGUAACUGAUCCUUGUGAAAUUAAUCCCCUACAGCCAUAUGACGAAAAGCAAAUGAGACGUUUUAAGAAAUGGGUAAUUGGUUUAAAAAAGAAUGAUAAGCCUAUUUCUCUCUUGGCUGGUUCGUGCACAGCGAAAUGGUUUAUUCAGCUACUUACACCACGUACAUGGCUAGACGGACUGGCAAGACUACUAAAAUAAUUUUUUUUAAAAAUAUAUAUAAUUUGAAUGUGAUGUAUAUAUACUUAUAAUAUUUGGCAUGUAGCACAUUGAUGCAGCUUUAGGGUUGAUGAAAGAACGAGUGUACACUUACAAGAAGACUUACUCCGAAAGAUUCACCAUCGUGGAUUCUAUGUUCCAACAGUUCUUCGAACCACAUUGGGAACAAUUCAACAAGAGGAAAAUCAAAUCAAGCUACAUUUGGCCAAAAGAAGUGCUUGAUUACUUGGUAGGUGAUGAUAACAAUUUCAAAAGGAGUUGGAAAGACAUUGACGAUGUGUUUACCCCGAUUAAUUUUUUUGGGACACAUUGGGUGUUGUUAGAGAUAUCAUUGACAAGCUAUCUUAUAAAAGCUUAUGACUCUGAUAUCACUGUGGUCUCCAACAAGGAGUUUGAGAAUAAAAUGAGCAGAUGGGGAAAAAUGCUACCAUUUCUAAUUCAAUCCAGUGGGCUGUUAAGCCAUAGGAAAGAUAUCCAACUACAAGCAGAGAAAGUGCGUUUUGAGUUCACAAGACUUGGCACAGAAAAAGUGCCACAGACCAAAACUAGUGGCGAUUGUGGGGUAUAUGUCAUCAAACAUCUGGAGUACUUGCUAGCCAAAAAACCGCUAUCCGAAGUAAAUGACGACAACAUGGAUUUCUUUAGAAAAAAGACUUGUGUAGAUUUGU